AUGCCUGAGAAGGUGCACACUCAUUUCGGUGACUCGGACGGCGAGUCAUCUACCAGGGGGCCCAAGUCAACCUCAGAUCUAGCGCCCGUUGAGGACGGCGUUCGGAAGAAGAGGCGCGGCAAGAAGCGCAAGCUCGAUGAGGCUGCCAACAACCCCAAUCCGCGCAACGGCGAACCAAUUGAGGCCCCAAGGCCAACCCAAGAGCCUGCUUUGGUCGCUGAACCGGUGGUAAAAAAGCCUUUACUAGAUCCCAAAGCCGAAGUAAUCCAAGCUCCGUCGAACAAGACUCAAGUCGCAAAACACAAGCCCAAGCCUAAACCGAAGACCUUCACCGACACCAAGACGAACUUUGCUCCCCUCCGAGAAAAAGCCAGUGCGCUUUACGAACUCCGAAAGAAGCUCCCAAUCUUCGGCCAUGCCGAUGAAAUCCGCCAGAAGCUUCGCGAACAAGAUGUCAUGCUGCUGGUCGGUGAGACCGGUAGUGGAAAGAGUACGCAGAUCCCGCAAUUCCUGGUGAACGAAUUCUGGUGCCGACCGAUGCCCGUGCAAAUAACCCAAGAGGAUGGUUCCACGAAAUCUGCUACCGUGGGUGGAUGUAUCGCGAUUACACAGCCACGUCGAGUCGCUGCUAUCACGCUGGCUCGACGUGUCGCCGAGGAAAUGGGUACACCCUCGGCUCCGAGCAGGGUCGGCUACUCAGUUCGAUUCGAUACAUCUGUCUCGCCUAGCACUCGUGUCAAGUUCUUGACAGAGGGAAUGCUGUUGCAGGAAAUGUUGCAUGAUCCUUGGUUGACCAAGUAUAGCGCCAUCGUGGUUGAUGAGGUUCAUGAGCGUGGUAUCAACGUUGAUUUGACCGUUGGUUUCCUGCGCAACUUGGUUUCUGGGAACAAGGAGGGUCGCGGCGGUGUGCCUCUCAAGGUCGUGGUCAUGAGUGCUACAGCGGAUAUGGAGAGUCUGAUGGGAUUUUUCCAAGAGGGAUUUAAGAUGCAAGUUCAAGAGCAAAAGCGCAUUUCUAAUGGAGAUGCUAGCGAGAAGGAGAAGGCAGAGCCCGUCAAGGAGAUCACGGCCUGUCAUAUCAAAGGCCGACAGUUCCCCGUCAAAACUAUUUACUCGCCUGAGCCUGUGCACGAUUUUGUGGACGCAGCUCUCAAGGUCAUCUUCCAAAUCCACUACAAGGAGCCUAUGCCCGGUGAUAUCCUGGUUUUCUUGACUGGUCAGGAGACCGUAGAAGCUUUGGAGAAUCUGGUUAACGAGUACGCUACUGGGAUGGAUCCAUCGUUACCUAAGAUCCUGGUCCUGCCUUUGUUUGCGGCUUUGCCUCAAAUCGCUCAGCAGCGCGUCUUCCAGCCAGCACCACCACGCACCCGCAAGAUUAUCCUGGCAACUAACAUUGCUGAAACAUCCGUGACAGUCACUGGCGUGCGCUAUGUGGUGGACUGCGGCAAGGCAAAGUCCGCUGCUAUCCAGCGAAAGGGUCGUGCAGGUCGUGAGGCAGCCGGACAAUGUUUCCGUCUAUACACCGAGAAGGAUUACCUGGCUCUGGACGAGACAAAUACUCCCGAGAUCCUCCGAUGCGAUCUGAGCCAGGCCCUUUUGAACAUGAAAGCACGUGGUGUGGAUGAUAUUGUCAAAUUUCCAUUCUUGACGCGUCCACCGCGUGAGGCCCUAGAGAAAGCCUUGCUUCAGCUUCUCAAUAUCGAUGCGUUGGAAGAUUCGGGCAAGAUUAGCACUGUUGGCCAGCAAAUUGCCAAGCUCCCUCUCACACCCACGCUUGGACGAGUCCUAUUAGCGGCUUCGGAAAAUGGCCAUGAUGUUUUGCUCGAUGUGAUCGAUAUCAUCUCGUGUCUCAGCGUUGAGAAUAUCUUCCUCAACACCACGUCGGAAGAAAAGAAGGAAGCGGCCGAAUCGGCUCGACGAGAUCUGUAUCGACGGGAGGGCGAUCAUCUGACAAUGUUAUCAACGGUACGAGCGUAUGCGUCCGAGAAUGCCGACCGCAAGGCAUGGGCUGAGCGACACCUGGUCUCGCAUCGUGCGAUGCAGGCAGUCAUGGAUGUCCGCAAACAACUCCGGAAUCAGUGCCGCCAGGCCAAAUUACUCCCUCGAGAUGACGGACGGGAGCAUACGUCUGAUCCUUCACCGAUCCUUAUCCUGCAGAGCUUCCUGUGUGGAUUUGCGACCAAUACCGCCCGCCUGGUGCCAGAUGGAAGCUAUCGCACGGUGGUUGGCAACCAGACGGUAGCUAUCCACCCGUCGAGUGUGCUUUAUGGCAAGAAAGUGGAGGCGAUCAUGUACAAUGAGUUCGUCUUCACGAAUCGUAGCUAUGCACGCGGGGUUAGUGCGGUGCAGAUGGAUUGGGUCGGUGAGGCGCUGGCCGGUUAA